UGGCCUCAACAUCUGCAAAACGGCUUCUGACUGUGACUUAUCCUUUCCUAACUCGAAGAGCAAACAGAGAUUACUCUGUCACUCCUGUUCCAUAUUAUGUGAUGGGGAAGUCUCUGACGCUGCAGUGCCUGGAGUCCAUCCUCAGCACGUCCAAAAUGGCAGAGGGGGUGUGGCAGCACAUCCUAAUGCUUCGUUAGCACCCCCGGCUCCAGCUCCUGCUGACUCAGGAGAGCAUCUGCAGCAACGACUGCCCACCUGCUUUGAGUUAAAUAUCACUGGCUGCAUCCUUUGCAUUUUUGCAGACAUUGGGCCACGUUCAAGGCUAGCACAACUAGAAGCGGCACCAGAAUCUCUCCCAACAGAACAUGCUCCCAGGAGGGAGGAGCAACUUUCCCUGCUGAGAGAGGAGACCCCGGAGAGAGAAUCCAUCAGCAUGCCAGCCCUGGUCUUUAGCAGGCAGCACCUCUCCACUGCCCCUGCCCUGCUGACUUGGAUUCUCCUGCUGAGCAUUGGGAAUGGCAGUGCCUGGAAGCAAGGUGUCCCUCGCCUUCGCCUCUCAUACAAAGACCUGCUGAGAUCCAACAGCUCCCGCUUGUUGCUGGGUUCAGGGGACGGGCUGGCCUUCCAGUCCUUCCUGGUGGAUGAGACCAGGGCGUGGCUGAUGGUGGGAGCCAAAAACCACAUCUUCCUGCUGCAUCUGGACAGGCCAAAUGAGGAGCCUCAGAAGGUUUUCUGGCCAGCCCGCAAGGAGCAGGUGGAGCGCUGCCGGCUCGCUGGGAAGAACGCAGAGACAGAAUGUGCCAAUUUCAUCCGGCUUCUCCAGCCGUUCAACAGGAGCCACGUGUUUGCCUGUGGGACUGGCUCCUACCAGCCCAUCUGCGCCUUUGUCCAGCUCGGAGCCAGGGCACAGGAGCCGGGGGGCUCCCCUAUACAGCUGGUGGCCAACUCCAUGGAAUCUGGGAGAGGCAAGUGUCCAUUCAGCCCCCACGAACCUUUCACUGGGCUACUCAUAGACGGGGAGCUGUAUUCGGGCACCUCCAGCGACUUCAUGGGCAGCAGCGCCGCCUUCUUCCGGACCCGAGUUCACAAGGCUGCCCAGAACUACAUCCGGACAGAACAGAACCAAGAUCACUGGCUAAACGAGCCCGUGUUCAUCGGUGCCUACGUAAUUCCCGACACCCACAAUGCCCACGACGACAAGGUGUACGUCUUCCUCCGAGAGAGAGCCCUGGAAGCCGGCCAGUGGGAGAGACGGCGGAUCCAUGCCCGGGUGGCACGCGUCUGCAAGAAUGACGUCGGUGGGAAACGCAGCCUGAUCAAUCGCUGGAGCACGUUCCUCAAGGCUCGGCUGGUCUGCUCCAUCCCAGGCCCCCAGGCCAGUGAGACGCACUUUGACCAGCUCGAGGACGUCUUCCUCCUCCGCACCCGGGACCCACAGAGCCCUCUCGUCUUCGGCCUUUUCACAGUCUCCAGUGGGAUCUUCAGCGGCUCUGCCGUGUGUGUCUACUCCAUGGCUGACAUGAGAGCUGCUUUCAGUGGGCCCUUUGCACACAAGGAAGGAGCUGACUACCGCUGGGUGGAGUACAAGGGCCGGAUCCCCUAUCCCCGCCCAGGGACGUGCCCCAGUGAAACAUACGACCCUCUUCUCCACUCCACCAAGGACUUCCCUGAUGACCUGAUAAGCUUCAUGCGCAAUCACCAGCUGAUGUGGGGCCCCGUGUAUCCCCUUGGCCGGAAGCCCAUCCUGGUGAGGGCCAAUGUGCCCUAUCGGCUCCGGCAGCUGCUGGUGGACCGGGUGGAGACAGAGUCUGGGCACUACGAUGUUCUCUUCCUUGGAACAGGUAGAGGCUCUGGGAUCUUUACCACCAGCUCCGCAUGUACCUGUGCCCCCGCCUGCUGGACUGCCACUGAUGAAGGCAAAGUGCUGAAGGUGGGGCUCACCAGUGGGAGAGGCCAGGACAGCGAGGAGAUCAGCCUGGAGGAAAUCAGUGUCUCUAAGGUGCCAUCUCCCAUCCUGAACAUGCAGUUCUCACCAAAGCGGCAGGAGCUGUUUGUGAGCAGCACCCAUGGGCUGGUCCAGCUCUCCCUGUACCGCUGCGAGCUCUACGGCAAGGACUGCGCUGACUGCUGCCUGGCCAGAGACCCCUACUGCACCUGGGACGUCAAUGGCUGCAGCCCCUACCGGCUGACUGAGAAGAGGCGAGCACGCUGCCAGGAUGCGCUGAAGGCCGACCCGGUCAGUCAGUGCCAGGACACCACAGCAGGGGUCGUUGCAGCUGAGGAGAAACUGGUAUUUGGGGUGGAGAACAACGCUACCUUCCUCGAGUGCCUGGCGCGCUCUCCCCAGACGGCCAUUCGGUGGCUCGUGCAGCGCAGCAGGGAGGUAGCCCUGGAUGAGGUGAGGACCGGUGACCGCUUCUCUAUCCUGGAGCAAGGACUCCUGAUCCGCCAGCUGGCGAGAGAGGAUGCUGGGGUUUAUCAGUGCCAGGCAGUGGAGCAUUCCUUCUCCCGCCCCCUCAUGCACUACAGCCUUCGUGUCAUUGGCCACGAGGCCAUGGGAGCCAAACGGAGCAAGGGUGCCGAGGAGGGAGGCAGCCACCUGAGCGCCAUGCCCGUGCAGCUCCAGUACAAGGGCUACCCGCGGAACCUAGGGGCACCGGGUACCAGCCUGGACGAGUACUGCAAUGCGCUCCGGCACCAGGACAGGCAGCGGCAAAAGGCCUGGAACCCGAAGUGGCAGCAGCAUUCCUUGGAGAGCAAGAAAGGCCGAGUGCGGAGGCAUCCCGACCCCCUGAAGCCAGCCAGAGCUGGGCUGAGACUAGUCUGAUCUCUGCACAGUGCCCCCUGGGGGGGGGGGGUGUCACUGAGCCAGUCUCCAUUAGCCAGCCACGUCUCCAGAGCCCUUCUGAAUGCACAGCCCUGCACACAGGUGCCAGCUCAGCCGCUGCCAAACUCUGCCUGCUGAGAGGCCCACGGAUUCGCCAUGUACUACCUCAGCCGACACUGCCCUUUGCCAUCUCCUGGAGCCUUGGGAGGGCCAGCGGACAGUACAGAUGCACUCAGACACCCCCAGACCCAUGGGGCUGCUAAGUCCAGGAGGUGCUAGAACAGGGACUUUGCAGCCAUGGCAUGGAGCAAACAGUCUGGUUAUUAGGCCGGCUGAGACAGACUGACAUGAUGCGAGGACUUUACAUUAUUUACAUACCGUGAAAUAUUUAUUCUCUACAUUUUUCUUCUGUCAUUUUCUUAUUACGCCUCUUAUUAUUAAUGAUAAAUACUGGAAAUUAAAUAGAAUGGAAACCCAUGUUUCUUACCAGCCUCCCUUGUUAUGGGGAAUUGAUACCCGGCCUCGGUAAUACACUUCUUCCCUCUGCCCUGGCGGAGUACAGAGCACCCAGCCCCUUCAGGUAAGCAUUGCAAGUCAGUUAGGGGCAUGACACAUGAGCUAGUGGAUAGGGCACAGGCUUGAGGAGGGAGGAGUUUGGAGUUCUGGUCCCAGCACUGCUACAGACUCAGUGUUUGGUGCGGAGCAAAAUGGGAACAACCAUAAUUACCUCCCUCACUGCAGUUUAACUAGUUAUAUUUUCCCCCUUACCAGCCAUCUGGUCUUGUCAGAGAAACCCGCUGCAGUGCUGCACUGUUCUUGUGAGACCGAGGCAGCUGGAAUGAAUCUCCCUGCAGAAUGGUACCAGUGCGGGGAACUCCAAAGGCAGAUGUCAGUCUUGGGCACCAGAGAGGCAUAGUAUUAAUCAGGGAGGAGGCCUCUGCAGGGAUCCUCCAACCCUGGAGAAAACCAAAUGACAUACAUGUGGGAACAUUCAUCCCCUUGUGUCUGACAGGCCAUUUACCGUGAUGGAAGCAGCGAUAGAUGUCCUGAGGCCAUGACAAAAAAGGCCAUUAUACCCUGCAGGCAGGCUUAAGGCUGUCUCUUGCUGGCAAAAGGAUAUUAAACCUGCAGCAUGGUAUAAAAUGGGAACAGGCUAUAACUGGCCCAGGAGGAGGACAGUUUUCUGGUAUCGUGGGCUGGGACAUUAAUAGACGCAGCUUUGUUGGCCAGGCUUGGAGCCUAUCUGAACUAAUCUGUGCCUUAAGACCUUUCGGAGCCCCUCAAGAACAGGAGGGACAAUA